GGUAUGUAACUAUAUAAGCGAUACAUUGUAAAUCUAUUAUACAUGUAAUUAAUAAGAUGGAUAAUAUCAAACAGCUUUACUUGUAGAAAUUCUUUAGCUUGCCAUGGGAGUCGUGGUUUUCUAAAGGAGAAAUAAGACGUGUGAAAUUGAAAUAAAAUAUAUGCUGAAGAUAUAUUUAAUUCAACUGCAGGCAUGUCAGUUUCAGACUACCAUGAGAAUUUUCCCUCGAAUUCACCAAAAACUGUCGAGUGCGACUACGACACGGUCAGUAUAUCCGGCUCGUUACUGGAACAAAAGACAACAAUCCGGCAGAAUCGUAGGCCCACCGACACUCCUGUUGGUGGUUCUUAUUUCGAGUCUUCCCUGCCAAAUAUUGUAGGGUCUACUAACUCUGACACCGUGUAUCUGAUAAAGUACGAGCCAUCUCUGUCUUCCAGGAAAUGGUUUGUUGGUCCCUACUGCUUCUUGUAUAUGGCAGCAUAUAUUACAUCGUAUUUCACAUUUAUACAGUAUGUGUACGCAAAAAUUCAAAAGGAUUUAUUUCCAGAUAUAACCUCUUUCAAUAUGUCAGGAGUGUGUUAUGCCAAUUCAAGCUCAGCAGAUUAUAAAAAACAGACUGUUGUACAACAGAGAGCUGCCACGUGGAGUAUGUAUUAUAGUUUAGCUGCUGGAAUUCCCGCCAUUUUAUCUAACAUAGUAUUUGGAUCAUCUACGGACAAGUACGGGAGGAAGUUUUUAUUCUUCUUACCCUGCAUAGGAACGUUCAUUCGGAUGUCAAUAUCUGUUCUGGGGAUUUAUCUUGACAUGGAUUUAAAACUCCACCUGAUUGGUUAUUUUAUAGAGGGACUGACGGGACAGAUGUUUACAAUGUUACUUGUAAGUUUUACGUAUGUGGCUGAUAUAACUUCAGCAAGUGGGAAAAAUAGGUCACUUGGAAUAACUUUGAUAGAACUGUCUAUCGGCAUGGCUAUGGCAAUAUUCAGUUUUACUACUGGAUAUUUCAUACAAGCGUAUGGUUUCUUUUAUCCAAUGAUGUCCGCUGGUGUCAUGGCCGCAGCAAGUGUUAUCAUAGUGUUAGUUAUUCCAGAAAGUUUUCCUAAAGAAAAGAGGAAUUCAAAUGAGUCAAUUUUUCUUAAACUGAAAACAGCGUAUGAUUUAUUUUUCGGGUCGUUUAACAAAGGGCGGAGAUGGAUGUAUAACACACUAAUAUUAACCUUUGCACUUGCACUGUUUACUGUUUUUGGUCGGGGUAGUGUAGAACCCCUGUAUCAGCUAGAUGCCCCAUUUUGUUGGACUUCAGUAAAGCUUGGCUUCUUCGGUGCACUGCGAAAUUUCAUGCAAUCGAUUGUUGGGAUGGGAAUGGUGAAAGCCAUGCAGAUGGUUAUGUCUGAUGAAGCAAUAGCGAUGAUUGGGUGUUUGUCCUUUUCUGCCGCAUACAUACUGGAAGGCUUUGCAAAGAAUGACAUACUCAUGUAUUUAGUUCCAGUUGUUGGAUCGGUCGGAUUGUUAACAGUUCCGAUGUGUAGAUCACUUAUGUCGAAACUGACCAGAUCUGAUCAACAAGGGGCUGUAUUUGCUGCUAUAGCUGCUGUAGAAACUGCAAUAAACCUUGGUGGUUCUGUGGCGGCAAACGAAAUUUACUCUCAUACAGUUGGUUUCUAUAAGGGAUUUGUGUUCUUCGUCUUCGCAGGGUGCUGCUUGGUUGGAUUUAUGUUAAUGGGGAUAUACAGAGUUGGAUCACGGCGAGCAAACCCACUUUUUCUUGAAAUCCAGUGAACCGAUAUAGUGGCUACACUUUUGAAUCAUAUUUCCUACCCCACAAAUGCGUGUGUUAAAUAAAUGACUGUGAAUAUAAUGAUUCAGGAAUCCAGUCUGACAACACUUAACUUUCUUUUUCUUUCUGGAGGGCAGUCAUGGGAUCUUUCUUAAAAACAAAAUGUUUUUUAUUCUUGUCCAUUACAAUAUAUAGGUACAUGUAUACUUCCUAUUGUCAUGGUUUCGCAUUUAAAGGGGCAAAACAUUGACUGUUUUAAUAAAAUACUUUCAAUAUGCAGUCCCUUGCUUUUUAUUACACUUUUGUGAAAUAACUUUAAAUCUAACAACAUUUUCUGUUAUUUUCUUAUUAUUACAUUCAAGUGUAAUCCAGGCCCAUGUAGCGAGUCUAACUGAUCCUGUCUAUCGAUUUAUAGUCGGUACAGAGAUUUCGGCAUGAAUUUACUUACAUGGAAAGCAAACGAGUGACAUUGAUGUUUUAUGUUUUACUGAAAGUCAACUUGAUGAAAAUGUAAACAAUAAUAAUAUUCGUUUAAAACGUUUUUCAUCAGUAUAUCUUAAAUGCACAAUUGUGAGGUAUUGUCUUAUAUUUUAUUUGUAAGUUUACUGUCUCAUGUAUUUGUAUAAAUAUGCAAAUUGAGAAUAUUUGAAAUAAACAUGAAAACA